AUGAAUAUUAAUAAUAUUAAAUUAAAUAAUUUUUAUAUAUUAUAUUAUGUUUUAAUUUUAUUAAGAAGUUUAUUUAUUUUAUUUAGUAAUAAAUUUAAAUAUGAUGUAAAGUAUAUAUAUAAAAUAUAUUAUAUAAUAAUUUUAUAUUUAAAAUUAUAUUAUAUUAUAAAUAAAUUAUAUAAUAAUAAUAUUAUUUAUUAUAAUAAUUAUAAUUAUAUUUAUUUUUAUAUUUAUAAAUAUAAUAAUAUUGUUAUUAAGAAUAAUUAUAAAAUUAUAUAUAAUAAUAUUAUAGAAAAAAUUAUUGAAAUAAAAAAAGUUUCAUAUACUAUAAAAAAAGGAAGAAUUAAAAGAUAUAAAGUUUUAUUAUUAAUAGGUAAUAAACGUGGGUGGAUUGGUAUAGGAAUAGGUAAGAGUUAUAAUAUAAAUAAAGCUAUUUUAUUAGCUAAAAUUAAUGGUUUAAAUAAUAUAUAUUAUUUUAAAUAUUCUUUAUUAAAUGUAUAUAAGUUAAAAUGUAUAUAUUUUAAUUCUAAUAAAUUAUUUAUUAAGUUAAAAUUUAAUAUUUAUAAUGAUUUAAAUAUAAAAUUUUUAUUAUUUAAAUAUUUAUUUGAAUGUUUAGGGUAUUUAAAUUGUAAAGUUAUUAUAUAUUAUAAUAUUAUAAAUAAUAAAUAUAAUUUAUUAAAUAAAUUAUUAUUAGUAUUAUUUAAUAAUUUUUAA